AUGAGUUCCAAGAGAAUUGCUGUAUUGUAUGGUUCAGAAACUGGCAAUGCUCAUGAGUUUGCCAGUAGUUUUUCUUUCAAACUACACCGAUUUCACUUUGCCCACACACUUGGGUCGAUCGGUAACUUCCCUGCCGUAGACCUCUUGCAAUGUCGAUACCUGUUCUUGAUAUGUUCAACCACUGGCCAAGGUGAUCUGCCACGGAAUGUCAAAGAAAACACGGCUGGUGAGUCAAAAAACACUUUAUGGACGUUUCUAAAACGUAAAAACCUUCCCAACAACUUCCUUAACCAUAUUAAGAUUAUGAUGAUUGGGCUUGGUGAUUCUUCGUAUCCACAGUUCAAUUUUGCCAUUAGAAAACUGCAUAAACGGCUUGUUGAUCAAUUGGGAGCAAGCGAGAUAUUUCCCAGAUUAGAAGCAGACGAGCUAGGAAUGAUGGGCAGCAAUGGUGGAACAGGUACGGGGACUGAAGCUGUCUACUUUGAGUUUGAAAAAAGAGCUCUGAACUAUCUCAUUAAAACUUUUCCCAAUCGAAAGGUGGAUGGCGCUCGUGUCAAGCGGGAACCAAUUCCAGACGACAUUUUUUUACAUCCAGAAUACAAGCUGCAACUGUCUGAAGCCGAAGUAAAUCACAUCGAGCCACAAUUUGGCGGUGAUCGAGCGAUCAAGACUGGAACUGUGUGCAGUAACACUAGAAUUACUCACUCGAAUCAUUUCCAAGACGUGCGACAAUUUGUCUUCCAGACCGAAGGCGAAGCCUACGAGCCAGGUGAUACAGUCGCAAUAUACCCGCAUAACAGAGAUGAUGAUGUUGAAGCAUUUUUGAAGGCUCAACCACAUUGGUUGGAGAUAGCAGAUCAGCCUCUUCGACUAGAGGGCAUUUGGGGCGAUCACGAUGGCGGCUUGGUAGCACCGUUGACACUUCGCAACAUUCUAAAGUAUCACUGUGAAAUAAUGAGCAUACCACGUAAAUCCUUCUUCAUGAAAACUUGGAUGUUUUCUACUGACGAAACCAGAUUAGAUGGUGGUGAAGAACAGCUACUCCAACAACGUGACAAACUUCGUCAAUUCGCGGUUGACGAAGAUAUGGACGAUCUAUACGACUACUGCAACAGACCCCGUCGCUCUCUACUCGAAGUUCUUUGUGAUUUUCCCUCCCUCAAAUUACCUUGGGAGCAUGUUUUGAGCUACCUACCAAUUAUUAUGCCCAGGUUGUUUUCCAUAUCAAGCGCUCCUUCAGAGUCUAAAGUUGAGCUUACAGUCGCGAUCGUAAAGUACAAAACAAUACUGAGAAAAGUACGGCGCGGACUCUGUACUGAUUUUCUACAAGCACUCGAGGAAGGUAACACAAUACAAUACAAACUUCAAAACAAUUUUUUACUUAGACCACAGAUGAAGCCCUCUCCGGCUAUUUUGAUAAGUCCAGGAGUUGGACUGGCACCCAUGAUGUGCCUAAUCAAAGCCGACUUUUUCCAGGACAUCCACUUGUUUUUUGGAAAUCGAGUUAAGAGUCGAGAUUUUCUUUACGAGCAUGAUCUUGAAAACUGGCAUAAAGAGGGAAAGAUCCAGCUACAUACAUGUUUCUCGCGGGAUCCAUCACACUCCCCAACUACGAAAUAUGUACAAGACGUGAUGUGGCAAAAAGGAGAGAUUCUCGCUGAUCUCAUCGUCAAGAAAAACGCUGUGAUAUACAUCUGCGGAUCUUCGGGGAAAAUGCCUGUUCAAGUAAGGCUGACUAUCCUAGAGAUACUCAAAAAAUGGAGCCAUCUGACUGAGUCGGAUGAAGCAGAGAAGUAUCUACGGACUAUGGAGAGAGAAAGUAGAUAUUUGCAAGAGACGUGGUAA